AUGAACCAUGGCGAUAGGUAUGGCCUAAAAGGAGGUGCUAAAGAUGCACGCUUAUCAAGAACUCAGAUUCUACUUCUUCAGAUGUACUAUAAUACAAGAAGGUGUUGUUGGAACUUUUCGACACCUAGGGAAUGUAUUCGAUUUUCUCGUAUACUUUUAGAUUGUCCUUAUACAUAUAUGCUACCUUUAAUUGCAAGUAUCCAAAGUAUUUUAACACUAAUAUUAUGUCAUAUAUUAGCUAAUAAGCUAUCUCAUUUACCAUAUAGAGGUAUAUUUAUUCCAUAUAUACAUUUCUUAACUAUCUACUACCCAGAAAGGUCAAUCUUUGUAUUUGGAUAUUUAAUUGGGUGGUUAUUAUUUGUAUCUUCUAUUCCUAUGUUGUAUCAUUUAUUAUAUUACCAUUUACCACAACCACUUGAAGUAUGGUUACCUAAAGAUAUUGAGAGCCUUUAUAAUAAUAAGGACUCAGGGAAGAUAAAAGAAUACCAAGGUGAUUUGGAAAGUUUAGAUGAUUACCAAGAUAAUCUGGAAGAUAAUUUAUCAGUAAAUGAUCCAUUUAUAUCAAAUGACUAUAUCUAUAAUAAAAUUGAACAAGUUAAUGAAUGUAAUUUAACAAAUGGUAAGAAUUCUAUUGUAGCGAAACAGGGAGUUUUACACCGAACAAUUGCAACAAUUAUGCUGAAAAUAGCAUUCAUAUGUUUAACUAUUUCGGUAUUAUUUGCAUUUUUAUCUAUUUUCUUUCCAUUUGGAUUAAAUUUUAAGAGAUUAUUUGCUUCAAAGUCUACUAAAUAUACAAUGAAAUUCAUAAUUGAAUAUAUUGAUACUAUAUUUUUUGUUUCUCCUAGUUUAUUUUUCAAUAUAUUUGGAUUUUUUCACUGUUUAAUAAUAUCAAUAUAUGUAAUAGUUUACAAAAGACCUGUUAUAACUUUGACUUCAAAGUUAAUUAAGAUUUACUGUUGUUCAGUAAUGGUCAUUGUAGCUUUUGCACGUUUUGUAUUUAUAUUUAUAAUAGUAUAUUAUUGUGAUUUUCCAAGUACAACUAAUCAAUAUUUUCAAACAAAUUACUGGGAUGCAAGUUCUCUUUUAAAUGAUUUUUCAGAUAUUAUUGAACAGGAUUGGGUGUUUUAUUUGAGGAUGUCUAUAGGAAGUAUAUCUCAGCUUAUAAUAUUUACUACAAUGAUGACAUUUACUGCUAGCUAUUCACUAGAUAUAUAUCAACUCCAUAAAUCAUCUAGUCUUAGUUUUGGUAUAAAUGAAGACUCAGAAAAAAGCUUAAUUUUUAGAAAUAGGUUGAAUUCUGCACUUACUAUAGAUAUUUAUUCUGAAAGAACUACUUGA